AUGCUCGCACCACGUGUGGGUGUGGGUGCGCGUGCGUGCUUGGUGUAUGUGUGUGUGUGUUCUGCCUUUGGGACAAGUGCGGACAUUCGCGUUUGUGUGGAUGAUACAAUCUCGGGGACAACGCGCACACGGGCCUGUGCGCUGGUGGCGCGUCCGCACGAGCCCGAGAACGGGGCUUGCCUGUUAUCUGGGUCACACCAACGCACGACGGUUGUGUGCAAUCACAGCAUCAGCUGCUGUUAUCGCGACAGCAUUCCGUUCCACCGGCAGGCCUGGCACAGCUCUGUCCGCGACACCGCUGCUCAACGUGGAUGCACCUCCCGCCCCACCUAUCGAUUCAAUUUUCAUUUGCUCAAGCCGUGA